UAUCAUAUCUUUGUUAUAGGAACAAAAUGGCACAAAAUGCAAAAGAUAUUAACACCUAUGUUUCAUUUUAAUAUAUUGAAACAAUUUGUCGAAGUGUUAAUUGAGGAAGGAAAUAAUAUAACACAGUCUUUGAAAAAUAUUAAAGGAUCAACUGUCGAUGAUUUAGCAUUCUUUAUCGGUCAUCACACGAUGAAUGUAAUAUGCGAAAUAGUCAUGGGUACUUCCUUACAAGAAAUAGGCGCGUUCCAAGAGCAAUAUCGUCAAGCAAUCUAUGAAUUGAGAGAAAUUUACUUUUACAGAUCAUUGAAACCGUGGUUAUAUUUCGAUAUGAUAUUUGCUUUAACGCCAAUGGGUAGAAGGUACGCCAAAUAUUUGAAAAUAUUGCAUGGAUUAACUGAAAAGAUUGUUGCAAAAAGGAAAGAAUAUCAUGAACGCACCGACGGACGAUAUUUAAAAAAUUUUGAUAAUGAAACAAACAUUGAAGCAGACGAUAAGGAGGUGAUAGGAGGAAUGAAGAAAAGACGAUUUACUAUGUUGGAUUAUCUAAUAUCAGUGGCUCGUAAUAAUGACAUAAAUGAUAUAGACAUUAGGGAAGAGAUUGAUACGUUCAUAAUGAAGGGUCAUGAUACUGUGAUGAUGAGUGUAAUUUAUGCGCUAUUGUUACUAGCUGAGCACAAAGAUAUACAGGAAUGUGUCAGAAAUGAAAUUAGUGCCAUAAUGCAAGCAAAUGAAGGGAAACUUUCCAUGUCAGCAUUAAAUAAUAUGUCUUAUUUGGAAAGAUGUUUGAAAGAGUCGUUGAGAUUAUAUCCUAGUAUGCCUUUUAUAAUGCGAACCAUAUCAGAAGAUGUAAAAUUAGAUUCAUAUUUGGUGCCUUCUGGAACAACAGUGUUUCUCAACAUUUAUGAUACUCAUAGAAAUUCCCAUUUCUGGCCAAAUCCAGAUGUAUUCGAUCCUGAUAGAUUUUUGCCUGAGAAAAUUCAAAAUCGUCAUCCUUAUUCCUACAUACCGUUUAGUGCAGGACCUCGAAAUUGUAUAGGACAACGAUUCGCUAUGUUGGAAAUGAAAGCUAUAAUAGCGCCAUUGAUAUACAAUUUUUAUUUGGAACCUAUAGAUUAUUUAAAGAAUAUUCGUUUCAUGGCAGAUUUUGUAUUACAUGUUGUACAUCCCAUCCGAGUACGAUGUGUUCCAAUUGACCGUACGCCAUCGACUUUAUUUAAAGCCAUAUAAUUUUAAAUAUAA